GGGUUUAGGUGGACGGUGGACGGUGGGCCCGUGGCGGGGUUUGAUAUCCGGAGUGAGCCGUAGAAAGAGUUGAAGAGAUAACGUAAAACAGCAAAGAGAAAAGAAAAGGAAAAUGGCACUCUCACUCUCCUCCUCCUGUGUACGCGUUCCUUCAUGUUUUUGGAAACAAAACGGCAAGAGUUGCAAAGCGGCUCCUAAGGUGUCACGUGAUAACAAGAAUCCAUUGCUCGGAAUUGGUAUUGGGGUCGUAACGGCUUGCGUGAUGGGUUUAACGGCGUUGGACGCCGACGCCACCAGAAUCGAAUACUACGCUACCGUGGGAGAGCCUUUGUGUGAGUACAACUACGUUAAGUCUGGCCUCGGCUACUGCGACAUCGCUGAGGGCUUCGGUGACGAAGCUCCAUACGCUGAGCUUAUCAAUAUUCACUAUACUGCAAGGUUCGCUGAUGGAACAGUCUUUGAUAGCAGUUACAAACGUGCUAGACCUCUCACCAUGCGCAUUGGUGUUGGCAAGGUUAUCAAGGGAUUGGAUCAGGGAAUUUUGGGGGGUGAAGGAGUACCUCCAAUGCGAAUAGGUGGGAAACGCAAACUGCAGAUUCCUCCACACUUAGCAUAUGGCCCUGAACCUGUGGGCUGCUUCUCAGGUGACUGCAAUAUACCCGGCAACGCCACUCUUCUGUAUGAUAUUAAUUUUGUUGAGCUUUAUUCGGGGAACAGAUCAAAGUGAAGGAAGUCCAAAGUGAUCGGAUACAUAUAGAUGCAUAUGAACUACACAUGGAUGGAAUUGUUUUCUAUAUGCUUGAGGAACCUAAACUUGUUGGCUUUCUUUCCUUUUUAACAAAAUACUCAAAUAGGAAGCAACAACUUCAAAUUUUGGACAUGUAACCCGGAAGCUUUUAUGCAUUUGUAGGAGUAAGUAGAAACUGCACGAUAAAGCAUUGAUCACCUGCUUUAGUGGUUUAAUCAGUUGGCAUUGAUUAUAUCUAUAAGCAACAUCAAAAUUUGAUGACACAAGUGAUCAUACUUGAAACAUAGGCUGCUUAAUAUUUCUACUCUUUUGUGAAACAUUCUUUGUGAAAUUUACAACAUGUUUAAUGACCAACUACCUGGUGAUAUGUAAGAUUAAUGAUAAAUGAUAACACUCGGUGUUCUUUUCUUCUCUGGUGUGGAUUGUCUA